CAAGGUCUCAGGACUCGCCUGCAGGGGGUCCGCGCAGGCGCAGUCCUGGCUCCAGCGCGUUUGGAUGGGGUGGGGAGGGCCGAGACCUGGGGAGGAUAUGCUGAAGAAUUAGUCCUCAGCAGGGCCUUGGGCGGGUGCUCAAGGCUCUAAGAAACCGGCUCGCCAGGCUUUCCCUAUGUGGACGCCAGCAAGCUCCCCACCCGGGAACUCAGUGCCUGGGUCUUUCAAGAUGGUGGAGGGGAAGUCGGAGGUCGGCAGGGACGCUACCUCCUACUUCCGUGUAGCCAGACCCUUGCCCUCGCUGGUCACAGCCCUGACGCUGGGAUACUUCUCGUGUGUUGUCCUCUGGCCUCAGAGUGUCCCUUAUCAGAGCCUUGGACCUCUGGGCUACUUUACUCAGUAUUUGGUGAACCACCAUCACACCCUCCUGCAUAAUGGGUAUUGGCUUGCCUGGCUGAUUCACGUGGGAGAGUCCUUAUAUGCCAUGGUAUUGUGCAAGUAUAAAGGAAUCACAGACAGUCGGGCUCAACUACUCUGGUUCUUGCAGACUUUCCUCUUUGGGAUAGCAUCUCUCUCCAUCUUGAUUGCUUACAGGCCAAAGCGCCAAAAACACAGUUAAAGGAGAAAGCAAAAACUUCCUCUCCGCUUUCGCAUUCAGACUCUCUUUUGGGGGUGCUCUGUUUACUUGAUGAUCUUUCUACAUUCUAAAAGUGUCUGUCCUACAAAGGUAUUUAAGACCCUCUCAGUGUUCAUUUUUCUUCCAUAUGCUCGGGUUGAGCGUGAGUUGACUAGUUGUUAUCUAAGAAAGAAAUAAGAAAAAACUCUGGUUUUCCACGUUCUACAGAAAACUUGAAUGGCAGCAGACUUGCAGCCUCCUUCUCUGAGGCCCUUGGCUGUGCUGGUCCCUCUCUGUCUUCAGGGCUGAAAGGAGUACUAGAUUUGCUUGCUGGUGGGUCUGUGCUCCCUGUUUCUGAGUAAAGCAUCUCUUCUAAAUUUGUUCUCACCUUUCUGAACCAAAAUGAAUUGACACUUCCAUAAUACAUUUUUUAGACACCUGUGAGGCAAGAUCUUAUCUCCUCAACUAAGCAAUUAUGUAAAGGCCCAAAAGACCUGCCGAGAACCCAGAGCAGAGGACCAGGACAGGGUCUCCCUGAUGCUGCCAGCCAGCAGUGAUCCUUCCCUGCACGUGGCCCCAGGAAUACAGUGCUCUGUGGUAGGCAGAGUGUGAUGGCCACUGCUAGAUUGCCCUUUCAAUUCAGGGCCACAACUCAGGCAGCUGUCCUUUUCCCUGGGGCACCUGUUCCCACCUGUGCAUCAGGUGGUUCUCUGGGGAAAUAUGGAUUUUUCCCCAGUCUCCUGCUGUCUGUCACUUUCUUCAUCCAGCCCUAGCUUACUCGGUCACACCCACAUUCCUUUCUAGAGAUGCUAACCUCUGGGUUUUCCAGCUGAUUACUACCUCCCUGAUUAACCUGAAUGUACUUUAUUUCUACUGGCCUUUGGGGAGAGAGGUCCCCUAUCUCUGUCCCUUUACCUUGGCAGAAUGGCACCAUCACACUUAGGAGACAUUAGGGCUCCUUCUGAGGAGAGCAUCUGCUUGUUCUCUGGAAGCUAUUUCUCAUUUCCCUUUGUGAUUCCUUGGACAGGUUGUUGUAUUAGAAAACACUUAGAAGAAACAACUCUCCCCAAAAAGAAAGCCCCCGUGAGAGAUCAUGAGCUAUGAAUUGUUUUUAGCGGACAUAAUUUUUUUUGCAAAUAUAUCUCAGUCUUUCCUGAUCUUCCUCUUGGAGUAGGGGUUAUUUUUGAGUAAAGAAAAAAAUUUGACCAGGAAUUAAGCAUCAUGGAGAUCCAACCCAGAUUUUUUUUAAAGCAUAGCUGUCUCCAAAUGACACUAAUAAUGACAAUAAUUGUGCCCAGAACAACGUGGCAGAUGAAUAAAUGAAAUAGACUAACUCAAAUAAAAUGCUGUGACUUUCUCUACAA